AGUAGCCACCCCCACCAACCCUCCCUCUCAUCGCUGAGCUCAGACACCCGGACUUUGAUCCAGGGAUGUUCUGCUGAGGACUUGAGGAUGUAGAGCUGCUUCAACUGCAUCAUCCCAGCCCCAGCAGGACACCACAAUGCUUUAGGGACGGUUUAACUGUUGCACCAGCUGCUGUUUUCGUCGCCAGCCAUGAUCCUCCCGCGGUUGCUCCUGCAGCUAAUGUUGCUAAUUCAUAGCGGAUGGCGGGGGGUCGCAGCGAGCCCCACCGAUGAAGCAGCACUGAGGGCCGGCCACGCUGAGCACGGAGAUCCGGGCCACCAGGAACACCACAAAGACUCCUACAGCACGUUUGCCUCCGAGUUCCUGGAGUCCAAAUACCUAUCCGAUGACGGUUAUCCGUUCCCCACCGCCCCACCAGUGGACCCUUUCGCAAAAAUCAAAGUGAGCGAUUGCGGAGUGACUAAAGGCUGUAUAAGGUAUGGAAAACCAGGCUGUGACGCAGAAACCUGCGACUACUUCUUGAGUUACCGCCGUAUCGGUACUGACGUGGAGUACGAGAUGAGCGCAGAUACUGACGGCUGGGUGGCUGUUGGGUUUUCCUCUGACAAGAAAAUGGGAGGCGAUGAUGUCAUGGGCUGCGUCCACGAUGACAACGGUCGUGUCCGAAUCCACCACUUCUACAACGUAGGUCAGUGGGCAAAAGAGAUCAAGAGGAAUCCAGCCAGAGAUGAGGAGGGCAUUUUUGAGAAUAACCGGGUCACGUGCCGCUUCAAACGGCCACUGUACGUGCCCAGAGAAGAAACCCUGGUGGAUCUACACCUGUCCUGGUACUACCUGUUUGCAUGGGGACCUGCAAUUCAGGGUUCUAUCACGAGACAUGACAUUGACAGUCCUCCAGUCAGCGACCAUAUGAUCAGCAUUUACAAGUACGAGGACAUCUUCAUGCCUUCCAACGCUUACCAGACCUUCAACUCUCCACUCUGCUUGCUGCUCAUAGUGGCCCUCACUUUCUACUUACUGAUGGGAACACCGUGAGAAGGAAGCAAUUCAGAAGGACGAGGAGAUGUAGCAGCAAUAAGGAAGUUGCCAUGUUUAUCAGAGGCCAUAUUUAAGCGCACAUGAUACACUAUAAUAUACACACAACAUAGGAUAUUAAAAUAAUUUGCCAUCAUGCCAUCAUCACUACACACGCUAGAUCUGCAUUCAGGGCUACAAUGGACCAAGUGCAGAACACUUCCUGACCAUUAUGAUCCUUCAUUGGUAUCAUAAUGGCAUGCACAAUAUCUACUCUCAUAAUAUCUCCAACACUAUUAUUAUUUAAAAUGAAAAAUGUAUAAACUCAGCAGCAGCCAUAUUCACAGUCAACUUUGAAAUAUUUUUGCUGGUUCCAUGUUAAUACCAAUAUGUAAUCUUUUCAUAAAAAGUGCUCUGCAUUAUUUCUGGUGAACUGUUAAGCUGUGAUGAAGCCACAACCUGCAAUAAAGAAUAGGUCAUUGUGGGGUCUACAAUGCCAAAGAUUGUAACUGCAGAUUACGAUCUGACAAACGCCUCACUCAGAUCUAGAUGUUAUUAAUAAACAGUUGAAGACACUUGUCAUUAUUAUUCCAAUUACUUGUUCAAGCAUGUGACUGCACGUGUUUCUUUUUCAGUGAUAGAAGUGUUUGAUUUGCUUUUUCCAUUAUCAUAAAAUUCAAUCAUUUCGUUUUAAAUUCCCGAUCCAUCUGGAAGUGUUUGUGAAGUGAUAGUUUACCCCGGUGUUGUGGUGUUUGCGUUUCCUCAGAUCCUCUACUCGGGCAGCCUUUUCAGUUGAUCCACGUGUUCCCCAGCUACACCAACACAACAAUGAUGUAUGGAGACAGCAAAAAAUGAUUCUACUGUUCCCAGUGACUCUCAGACGGUUC